AACACUCGCUCAGUCUGCGAUACAAACUUGAACCUGAAAGAUCGAUUCGACGGGCAACCCGAACCCAGAGAGUGAGCCCGCGCACGCGUUCAAUCUCCAGUCCCCAUUCUACGCCGGUGCAUUCUCAGUGAAGUGAACGAUUUAUGGAAAUAUAUUGUUUGCAACUCAACGCAAUUGAAUUAAAUAAAACUCAACAAGUGUGUGAAUCGAAAAUAAACAGCGCAGCGUCCAUUCAGAAAUAUACGUACAUACAUAUAUACGAGUGUGUAUCUGAACAUCAUCGCCAUGGAAUAUCACCGACCAGCAGAUGCCCAGACAAUGCUGCUAAUUAUGAUAGUUAUCAUCGGCUGCUCGACCACAGCGCACGGCCAGUCCUAUCUGAUCGCCCUGGAGAACGUUCUCAACGAGUCCCCCCAGCCCCAGCCCCAGCACCAGCCGCCAUACAACCUGACGACUGCGAACAGCACAACAGAUGUGGAUCCGUUUGCCAACAGCACUCGCAUAAUUGUCUACAAGAACACUGUCGUAGAGCCAUCAAACGAAUUGUCCCAGACGGCCAUGGAUGUGAUUACGAUCGUGUGGUACGUGGCAACCUUUCUGGCUCUCGCGGCCUUCUUUAUGCUGAUGGCCUGCUCGGAUCGCAGGUGUCGCGACAUGAGGCGCCACCAUUCUGGAGCUGGAGCUCAAAGCGAGGGCGUAAGAGCGCCACCCACUCCCUCACCGUCGUACAGCGAGUUUGCACCACCCAGCUACGACACGGUUAUCAAGAUGCAGCAUGCGGCCAAGACCAGUGUCUUUGUGAUACCCUUCAACAAGGCCAGCGACCCAGGAGGCAAUCCCGCACCCACGUCCCAACCUCCACCAGUCACGUGCAAUAUUUACACAGUCCAUGAGUUGCAGAAAUCGGGGAAUUAAAAGAUAAGACCGACUCCGAGCGACUGUUGACUGUACUGUGAGAACUUGGAGCUAACCCUUACUCCGCCUCUGUGAUAUUUUCUGUGGCCCCAGACGAAUGUGGUGCAGCGGGAGACGUGUAUAUUGUUGUGGCAUAGACUAGUGUACCUAAGGAUAGAAAAAGUAUUAGAUGUAAGAUCCUGCAGAAGACUGACAACGAAAAAUAUCCAGAUAUGCAAAUGUAUUUUCCAUAAGAUAUGCCAGUUCAACUGAACCUAGAUGACUAAGCAAUCAAAUAUAAUAAAACAACAAAACAUGAAGUAACACAGAA